ACUCAGUGGGACUUUUGUGUUAGAUUCAUAGGUUGUGAUACAGUCAUCAUGGGGGAUGUCACAUAUGGUGCUUGCUGUGUUGAUGACUUAACUGCGAGGGCUCUUGGUUGUGAUCUUAUGGUUCACUGUGGCUACAGCUGCUUGAGUUAAAGAGAAAAAAAAUGUUGAUAGACAUCACUUAAUCUUCUUCAUCAUAAUGUAAACUCAUAUUAUACCACAACUGAAUCCUUUCAGCCUUGAUCUUUUUCUUCUAACCUCCCAGAUUCACCUUUUGAAGUCCCCUUUGUCUCACCUUCUACUUCAUAGUUCGAAUCUCUUAAGUUGCCCUGUGUUUUUAUUGCCCUUGCUUUCUGUCCUCUGCUGGUAGAUAUGUCUAAGUUUUGAAUGAUAUUUUUUUGGAGGAAUCCUUGCUUUAUAACUUUGAUGCUUGAGCAACACAACAGUUCAACGUCAAGAGCAUGGUAUUUUGAUGCAAACAAUAGUGUUGCAAUCAGUGGCUAUGAAUGUAUGAAAAAAAUUCAAGCCUGUACUGGAUUCGAACCCAUGACCUCUGCGAUACCAAUGCAGUGCUCAACCAUUACUGAGCUAACAAACCAACUGGGAGCUGGUCAUUAUGUUGGUUCAUAAUAAAACCAUGAAGUGAUGAAUCAAUUUUUUCUCUUUUUUUUUCUUUUUUUUAAUUGUGACUUAUUUAUGUAUAUAUUCACUCAAACUAGCACUGGUGUGCUAAACAAUAAGCAAGUUCAAAUAAAGCUUUAUUACUACUACAAUGACCAUGAAGAUAGUUGGUUGAAAGUUAGCACUUUCUUUUUAUCAAAUAUGGUUAUGAAGACUGAAAAUGACACUUUAUUAGACUAAGUUGUUUUGCUACAAGAUAUCCCUCAUGAAAUUCGACUCAUUAUAUUUGCAACUUUUGGUCUCUUCUAUUGAUGCAAAAUUGAAAGACCCUAAACAAUUAGUAACCAUAUAUACAGUACUGUAGGUAAGAUAAUGUGAAAAGGUUCAUUAUUUGUUCAUUGUUUUAUAGUUCCUAUUGACUCAACUAAAGGAAUCAAGAUGUUAUAUGUAUUUGUGGACAUAAAGCUGGAUGCCACACAUUUUGUCAACACAGUCAGACACAAUUUUGAAGCCGGAAAGUCACUUGCACUUUUGAGCACAAUCCAGUUUGUGACAACACUUCAAGUAUGUAUUAAAUGAUUACACUGAUGGGACAGUAUUGGGAUCAUGUUUAUUAUAGGUACAGUACUCUUGACUGAAUAUAUUGGUCGAGAGUUGGUCGAUACUUAACCAAUAUAUUGGUUGACAGUCAGUCGACAGUCAGUCGACUGACUGCUUCUUCUGGAUAGGAGGAGCAUCUCACAUGGUUCUCUAUCAGGCAUUUUUUCAAGUUUCCAUGACAACUCACUGGUACCCAUUUCUCUCCAAGCUAGAGAGAGGGGAGAGAGAAUGCAACACAGUGACUUGGCUGAGACUUAAACCCUGUGGUUUGGACCCAGUGUCUCCUUUUAUUGUGUUCAUACUUUCAAAUAAUUUUUACAUAUAUGUAUUUAAUUUGUUGUUUACCCAGGCUGUAUAUCAAGACCUGUGUAAAGAUUAUCAGGUAGAGAUUUCGCAGUGUAAACCAUUGUCACCUGGAGAGAUUCUGGGCUGCACUGGGAUGCAUUCAUGUAAGAAAAUUAUUAGUGCAAUGGAUGGACUCACAUAAAGUGCGGGAACAUUAAGCCUAAUCAGUAUAAAGCUAUGCAAUUGAUGGAUAACUUUGAAUGGUUUUGCCAACCCUGUCUGGACGCUAGAUUAUCAAACAAUGUUCCAGAUAACACUGGCGAUUGUGUACAACACAAAGACGACUACCUCGAAAGGUUUGCUGCCUCUUUGAAUACUUCGCACAACGAUCUACGCAUCGCGCAUCUCAAUGUAUGCAGUCUUCCAAAUAAAAUAGAAGAUAUCCGUCUUCUACAGAAAAUUUGCAGAUUCGAUGUCCUAGCAAUCGGCGAAAGCCAUUUAAACGCCUCAAUACCUGAUAAUGUACUACAAAUUCCUGGUCUUAAAUUCAUACGUUGUGAUAGAUCUCAACGUAAAGGCGGCGGCGUGAUCAUGUAUUAUGCUGAACAUUUAUCCGUUACUCAUCGCAGAGAUUUGGCAGCCUCAGACAUUGAAGCUCUCUGGAUACAGGUUAAAUUUCCUACAAACACUACUCUGUUCUCCGUAAUCUAUAGGUCUGAGCUAGAGUCCACGAAUUUCUUCGAAAGCUUUCGUGGAGCCCUCGAAAAAGCUUGGCUUAAAACUGACAGCAUCUUUAUACUUGGCGAUUUUAACUGUUGUUUAUUAAAUAGGGACCCUGACGGCAUACCUACUUUGGGCAAAACGAAGAAGCUGAUAGAGACCUUUGAAGACUUCAAUAUGCAAAACAUUAUCUCUCAACCGACUAGAAUAACAUCCACAACGGAGUCCCUAAUUGACCUUAUUGUUACAACUAAAGCAAACAUGGUUCGUCAAUGCGGCGUGCUGCCAUUGGGCAUAUCUGAUCACAGUUUAGUUUACGCCACCUUGAAGUUGAAAUCCAAAAGACCCCCUCCGAAGAUUGUCCGCUCAAGAAACUUCAAGAGAUGUAACAUUCAAGAUUUCAAGAAAGAUAUCGAACGAAUACCUUUUCACGUACUGGAUAUAUUUGAAGACAAAGACGACGUCCUUUGGGGCUGGAAUCUUUUGUUCAACGAUGUUUGUGAUGUCCAUGCCCCCUAUAAAGACGUCAAGGUUCGCAGUGUCUGUUCACCAUGGAUUAACAGCGAAAUAAGAUUAAAGAUGAACAAACGGUUUAAAUUAUUCAAAGUAGCCACUCGCACAAAAGAUCCGGUCAAAUGGAAGGAAUACAAAAGAUUACGUAAUGAAAUCACCACGGACGUACGUCGGGCGAAAACUAAACAUUUCAAGAACCAACUACUUGAAAUAAAAAACCGCUGCGGAGUAUUGGAAUCUUCUUCGCAAUGCCACUGCACCAAAACUCAGAAAGGCUAUUGGACCCUUGAAGAGGGAAGACGGUUCUCUGGCAGUCGAUAGUAAAGAAAAAUCAAAUCUGAUGAAUUCUUUCUUUUCUAAUAUAGGAAUUAAUCUAACAAGGAACUUUUCAUUCACAAAAGUCAACGCUGCCACAACAUUAAAGUCAGUUCCUGUUAUCAAAGACGUUAUUUUAUCAAAAUCCGAAAUUGAAAAGUAUUUAUCAGAUCUUAAAUGGAAUAAAGCUACCGGUCCCGACCAGAUUUCUUCUAGAACUCUAAAACUGCCGGGAAUGCGUUGGUCCAUCCAUUAUACCAUAUUUAUUGUGAAAGUCUAAGAUCUGGCUACGUGUUUGAACAAUGGAAAGUGGCUAGGCUGAGCCCUAUCCACAAAAAAAGGACGAUGAGAGCGACAUGAGCAACUAUCGGCCAAUUUCUAUUCUCAGUAUACCCAGCAAGAUCCUUGAAUCAACGGUCUCUCAGAGAAUCGUCAACCAUACAUUCCAUGAGCACAGUUUAGUCGCUGAAAACCAAUGGGCUUAUAGGAAAGGCUUUUCUACUGAAUUAAUGCUUAUAAAACUGACAGAACAAUGGAGACAAGCGGUUGAUAACAGUAAAGUUGUCGGCGUGGUUUUUGUCGAUUUUCAAAAGGCCUUUGACUGUGUAUCGCAUAAAAUAUUGCUGCAUAAACUCGAGAUUGACUUUGGGAUCAAGGGCAACCUGGCUGCUUGGCUUCACAGCUACUUAAAGGGGAGGCGACAGUUCACAGUCAUUGACGGCGCAGCCUCUGAUUUUGCUCGCAUUAAUACAGGCGUUCCUCAGGGAUCAGUCCUCGGUCCAACCUUGUUCGCACUUUACACAAAUGAUCUACCUGAUAAUAUAACAAAUGCAACUGUUUUUUUGUACGCAGACGAUACCACCCUGUUCUGUAUCGGAGACACCGUAGACAUUGUUAUUGCCGAACUGAAUGCUGCUCUCAAGGAACUAGAGCUAUGGUGCUUAAGAAAUCAACUAUUGCCUCACCCCAAGAAAUGCAAAGGCAUGCUAAUUCAUCGAGGAAACUUCACUGGUCCACUACAGUCAUUAAUACUGAUGAAUCAUUGUAUAAGAUGGGUUAAACACACCAGGCUGCUUGGAGUCUAUAUUGAUAAUAGACUUAACUGGGACUACCAUGUCAAAGCACUAAAGAUCAGCUUUACAAAUAAGCUUAACAUGCUGAAGCGCAGCUUGUUCUUACCAAGACCCAUGCUACUGGACUUAUACUUUAAAGUAAUCUACCCAUCAAUUAUAUAUGGUAUCACCGUCUGGGGCGGCCUUACUAAUAAGGAGGGCCUAAUUGCAUUAGAGUCUUUACACUGUAGAGCGGCAAAAUUAAUUUUUAACUGGCCAUGGGAUAUGCCUAAGUCUGACGUACUAAGCAAAGCUCGAUGGUCUUCUAUUGAAACCACAUAUAAAGUUAAUUUAGCUAAACUGAUGUUCAAAAUAGAUAAGAAGACUUUACCUAUAUCCAUCUUAGAUACCACCGAAGAAGUUGACGUGAAUACUAAGAAAAAUCUAAGAAGUAAUGCCAACAUAAAAGUACCAAAAUUCAAUACAUAUUACAUGAAAAACAGUUUUUCCAGAAGAGGACCUAUCGUUUUUAACACACUUCUCCAAGAAUCAAAUUUAAGAAAUAUAACCAUUAAGCAGCUCUCCUCGUUAGCCUACAAAUCAAAGGCACUUUUAAAUUUGAACUUUAAUUCCAUUUCUCCACAGACAGUGAAUUUUAAGGACCCCAAUUUUAAAUAUUUUUAGAUCUUCUAAUUUUGAUAGGCUACUUUAAUUAUUGUAUUUUACUACAUUUCAUUUUAUUCCAUUUUACGCACGACCCCACAAGCGUGUAGUCGCUUUAACAAUUAUCGUGUUUAAAUAAAGUCUUUGUAUUUGUAUUGUUGUAUUGUAUUAAGCAAAACAAGGAAAUAAUUAUGUAAUUUAGUUCAUUAUGAAUUUAAGAAAACUGCACCAACUCUUUCAUAGUGAGUAUUCUUAAACAAAUUAAAUAUUCUUUUGAAAAUCUUUCUUAUAAUUUGUAUUGGCAAAUCUAGUUGUAAGUACUGUAGGGGUUUAGUUUCAUUAAAAAUUUGCACCAUUAGAUCUGAAGCUAUUUGCUUAUAAAUAAAACAAUGAUCUGAGCCAAGGAUCACUGUAGUUAGGAUGAAAAUUAGGCAGUUUGUUCGUGUUUUGACCAUGUCCAUUGUUUUGCCAGGAAAACUCCCAUAGAGCCUCUGUCUUAUUUCUGGAAGAAUUGUUUGGCAUUCUUCCUGCUGUGUCCAUGGCAUAUUUAUUGUUUAGUGAUGUUGCCUAGCAACAAUGGUGCCCACUUUGACUAAAAUAAUCAUGUUUGUUCUGAGGACUAACUUAAAAUCAUUUAACCCUUUCAUUCCCAAGAUCUCAUUAGUAAUUCUCCUUACUGUCUACCAUACAAUUCUUUUGAUGUUAGUGUGGAGAAUUUGGUACUGGAUGAACUACAACUACCCUAAUUGAUAUUUUCCUUUAGUUCAUCACUUGUCUGCUUGAUAUUGUAUUGUUAUUGUUAGGAGAAAUUCUCUCUUGGUCACUCAUAGGAGUGAAAGGGUUAAUCAUUUAAUUGGGUGGAAAUUGAGUAAAAGUGUUAUCAAAAACUAAAUUGGGAAACAGAUAAGUGGGUGUUAUGUUUUUGAUUAAUGUGUUAUUAUUGCAAUUAUUCCUAAUUAAAUGCUUGUUUUGUCACUGUAUUUACCAUUUUGAUUAUAAGCAGCAGCUAUCAUUUAGGCACAUGCCACCGACCACAGCAGGUACUUGUUUCAAUUUUUUCAUUGGAAUGAUCUUUAAACUUAAACUUUUUUUUUAGUUACUUAGGUGAUGGAAGGUUCCAUCUAGAGGCUGUCAUGAUUGCUAACCCAUCUACACCAGCAUACAUGUACACGUAG